AUGUACGAGAAUGGCGCGAGUCCCAAUGCGCAAAAGGGCGACUGCAUGAAUACGCUUGCAUUACCCACUUGCAUAGGAGCCUCGGGAUCCGAAUCAUGGCUUUCGUCUCGGAAGUUUAGGGAAAAUCGAGCAUGCCGAGCUUUAGUUAUUGUGGUACAUAAAGUGAGGGCUCCAGGCCAGGUCAAAACACUUAAUUUCGCCAAAGUGCCAAACGACGUGAUUUUGCUUCGGCUUUCCGAUUGA